AUGACGGCUCUGAGUUUCGCGGCGUCACUGGUCCAAGUCAAGGACUUCGGUGCUAAUCCUACCAAAAUCUACAUGUACAUCUACGUUCCGGACAAGCUUGCCACAAAGCCAGUUGUAAUUGUGGUAAUGCACCCAUGUGGUGGAAGCGCAACCGAGUGGUACAGCGGCACCAAGCUCCCUUCUUAUGCAGAUACAAACGGCUUCAUCCUCAUCUACCCAGGAACACCAAACAUGAACAAUUACUGGGAUGUGAAUAGUGCUGGGAGUCUGACCCAUGGGCAAGGCGGAGAUGCAGUUGGCAUUGUUAACAUGGUCAACUACACACUCACCAAGUAUAACGCCAAUCCAGCCAGAGUUUACGCAAUGGGUGCCUCUUCCGGCGCAAUGAUGACCAAUGUGAUGGCCGGCUCUUACCCAGACGUUUUCGAAGCUGGUGCAGCUUUCUCAGGAGUUGCUCAUGCCUGCUUUGCGGGCGCUCCAAGCGCAACUCCUCUGUCCUCUAAUCAGACUUGCGCUCAAGGUCUCAAGCACACACCCGAAGAAUGGGCAGCCUUCGUCCACAAUUCCUAUCCAGGCUAUACAGGACGUCGAACACGUAUGAUGAUCGUGCAUGGCCUGGCAGACACUCUGGUCAGACCCCAGUGUGCUAUCGAGGCACUGAAGCAGUGGUCAACCGUACUCGGUGUCACUGCGACUAAGAACAUUACGGGCGUGCCAUCCGCAGCCUACACACAGGAGAUCUAUGGUGAUGGCACAAAGCUUCAGGGGAUGUUUGUGACGGGUGUUGGACACUUUGCUCCUGUAAACGAGCCUUUGAUUUUGAAUUUUUUCGGAAUCACAUCUUAG